AUGGACGCAGGGAAAUUUAUAAAUUUAUUAGAAUCACAGUUCAAAAUCAAUUUUAAAUCGUUGCCACAGUGGAAAGAAUUAAUUGAAUUAAUCAAUAUAUCGCAAACUGAUUACAAAAGAAAACUCCAAAAUGCAGAAUACCGUAGAGCUGCGAUUAUACAAAAGCUUUAUAUACAGUACUAUAGAUUGUCACCUUUUGAAUUAACAGACAAUUUAUUAAGGAGGGCCAAUCUAUGGAAAGAGUUAAAAUCAAAUAUUAAAAAACACAAAAUUAAUUCGUUGGACAAUCUUGUACCCGUACCUAUACAAGAUAUAAGUAAUGCUAUGAGUGAGGAAGCAAAUGUAAGUUCAAACGCUCACCCUAAUACUGAAGUUAUCCAAUCAAAAGAUCAGAUAGAUUUAAACCCAGAAAUAGAGUUGGAAAUUAAAUCGAACAGUUCUCCUUGUUUACCUAUAAUUGUAUAUACAAAUGAACAUAAAAUCAUAUCGCCCAUUGGUUCGCAUUACACUGUAUUAAAUUUAAAAGAUGUUAAGAGUAUUGAAAAAAGCUUAGCCGAGAGUUCGAAAGAAAAUAUUUUUGCUAACAAUGAAACGAAAUUCCUCAAGUGCUCUCCAAACACUUUAAUGAUAAGAGAUAACAUAUUUCAAGAGCAAACCUUAAAAUUUUCAAUAACAAAUUGUGCUACAGAAUAUUCCCAUAUACGAUUUAAAUGUAUAUCUGAUAAUUCUUAUUUUAAAAACUUUACCAUCGUUCCUAACAUACCUGUUAAAUUAAACCCAGGUCUGACAAUAUCCUAUAAAUUCAUAUUCGCACUUCAACAAAACCUUAAAGAAGAGGUCAUAAAUUCUAAAUUAUAUUUCAGAACAGGUCGAAAUGUAUUAAGUCAUAGAGGCGAAGAAAUUCUCAGUAUACCGAUUGUUAGUGAAUUUCAAAAUAUGAAAUCUGUUACUGUUUCCAAAACAGUUUAUAUACCGUCUGUAUAUUCCUGGCAGGUAACAGGAGUAUAUAAAUAUCCUAAAGGCGUACUGCAAAUAGAUAUUAAUGACGAAAUGACUUAUAAUGUAUAUAUUAGAAAAAAAGAUGUUGAUAUCGCUCAAGAAAUUAGUCGUAGCUUAGAUUCGCUGAAAGUUGCAGCUAGUCUUGAUACAGAAAGCCUACAAGAUAAAGAAAAUGAUAACGAUUUUGAAAGUCGCAGUAAAAUUUUAUCUACUCCAAAAAGAACAACAAAUGCCUUCAGCGAUAUAAAUAAUGAAGGUGAUUCACUUAUAACAGUUGAUGUUGUAACGCUUGUACUAAUUGAUAUUGUGAAUCUUGUUCUUGAACCAUUUGUAUUUAAAAAUACAUAUCUACGUCUAUUUCCCAAAUCUAAAAGGUUGGCUAUAGUGUAUUUGACGAAGGCAGAACAUGUUGGCUAUCACCAUAGUUAUUAUGAUUUGAUUUUUGUCAAUCCUGAAAAUGACGAAACAGUUUUUAUUAAAACAAUAAAAGUAUUUGCUGAAAUUUUACCACAUCCUAUUUUAAUACAGCCACCUAUACUUGAUAUGACUAAAUCACCAGUUAAGUUUGGUUUUUGUAAAGACCACUUUACUAUUAGUAAUACACAUAAAAUUUUCCCCGUAACAAUAAAGAUUAAUACUACUUCAAAAAUGAAGAACAUAUUCAAAAUAACGCCAAUGGAAACGCUAGUUUCUCCGAAAUCAAAAGUAAAUUUUGAAAUUAGGAUGUGUGUGAAUGAUAAUAAUGUUUUAAAUAAUAUCGAUGAUUUCGCUUAUUUUACAUUUAAAAUAGCAAUCAUCGGACACGACUCUAUAUAUAGUAAUGUUCCUCCAUUUUUCUAUGAAAUUAUAGCUCCUUAUGAUACAGAAUUUAUGAAAUUAUAUGGCAAAAAAUAUUACAGAGAUAUGUUAACGUCUAGUCAAGAUAAUAUUAUUCCACGUUAU